AUGACUCAAACACUCCAAGAUAAAGCCAUGCCACUGGGUAUUCAACGAAGCCAGAGCCGGCUUGGAGAGCUUAUGCUAGCCGACUCGCUUGUUGCUGCAGGUUCAGCAGCCCUUAUAACACCCGCCGUGAUGAUCUUCGACCGCCUGGUCGUCGAAAAAUCCUUUUACAACCAACCUCUUCUCCCCGCAUUUCGCAAGCACUUGUGGUUUUCCAUCACACAGCCCGCCACAUUCUUAACAUCACGCCCCAGUCUCCUGGUCUGGUCCCUCUAUACCGCUACAUUUGCUACAGCCAACAUGUCCGAGACUAUCUUGAACAAAGUCUACCCCAAGAUCGACCACGCGAUUGCGGGUAUGACCACUUUUGCAUCAACCUUCUUCGUCAACUCCUCCGUGGGAAUCUGGAAAGAUGUCAAAUUUGCCCAGCUUUUCGGCCACAACAUUAUAAAAAAUACCCCGACUUCAUCAUCCACAACAGCUACUAGUGGCUCCCCCGCCUCACCUCCAAAAAUCGCUCGCUCCAUCGGCCGAACCAGAAUUCCCUUGGCCACAUACUCGGCCUUCCUUCUACGAGAUGGCCUUACUAUCUUUGGAUCCUUCAGUCUACCCGCCAUGGUCUCCUCGAAUAUUCCGGAUUCAAUCGCUUCACAGGAGUACCUGAAAAUCUUGAUCGCGCAACUCGCCAUCCCCGCCUCUAUCCAACUCAUCAGCACUCCCAUUCAUCUGUUUGGGUUGGAUCUUUAUAAUAGACCCCAAGUUUUACCGACUAAAGACCGAAUCUCGCGCAUCAGCCGCGACUGGAUAGGUGCUUCAUUACUUCGCAUGUGUCGAAUUAUCCCCGCCUUUGGAAUCGGUGGGUUCCUCAAUACGGAAGGCCGUUUGUAUCUACACGACCAGCUAGAUGAACGACGCAAGCCUUCUUGA